AUGACCUGCAAAAAGAAACACACCAGACAGCAGAAGGGAAAGUCCAACGCGUCUUUACAUAAUGAAAUCAGUACGAAGGAAUCAUCAGGAACAGAAAAUUCACUAAACACAACUGACUCAAAGAAGGGCCAGAAAGCAGUGUUCCAUCUUAAGGAAUCAAAGAGCUCAGGACAGCACUCUACACAAAAACUUGAUUGUGAGAAGUGUCAGAUCUGCUUCCUGAAGAGCUGUGCUGCUCAUGGACCCCCCGUGUUUCUAAAGGACAAUCCAGUGGAAAAGGGACAUCCUAGUCAUGCUCUCCUCAGUGUGCCCACUGGACUUCGAGUUGGCCCAUCGAGCAUUCCGGAGGCUGGGCUUGGAGUAUUUAAUGAAGCAUCUGAUCUGCCUUUGGGGCUGCACUUUGGUCCUUUUGAGGGCAAGAUCACAAAAGUGGAAGAGGAAGCCAACAGUGGGUACAGCUGGCAGAUAGCCAAGGGCAUGAGCAGCCAUGAGUACAUGUAUGGAAAGGAUACUUCUUUUGCCAAUUGGAUGAGGUAA